AUGUCUGCAGCAGGCGAAGCCUUUGCAGAUGCCGAGGAAGCCAAAGAGCUGGCAACCGAGAAGCGUGAGAAGGCGACCCACUUGGAGGAGGAUGCUGCGGACCAGGCAGCGAAAGCCGAGAAGCUGCAAGAGCAGAUCGAAGCCAAGAAGCGAGAGCUCCAGGCCCUCACGCAGGAGGUUGAAGAGGUCAAGGAUGAGGCCGAACGCCUGAAGCAGGACGCCGAGGCUGCGGCGCAAGAAGCCACCGAUGCCGAGGCUGCGGCGAAGGAGAAAGAAGAACUCGCUGAAACUGCAAAAGCCAAGGGCGAAGAGAAUGCAGCAGCGCUCGCAGAGUUUGACAAGAAGUAUGGCAUGGGCCCAGAGGCUCCGGCCAACGAUACUCAGAAAGCUGCGGAAGCUCCGGCCAAGGAGGGGGCCAACAACGCAGAGGAAGGUUCAGAAGAUUCCUAUGACGAGAGCGAGGAAGAAGAGGAGGAGGUUGACGAGAGUGCCUCUGAGAGUGAGGGCAAGGGCAAGCCGAGGGCACAGCCCCAGAAUGAUGCUCCGCCACGGAGGGGGAGGCCAGCCGCCUCCCCGCGUAGGGGGCGUGCUCCUUCCGAGCGCGCGCCGGAUCGAGAUCGUGGCAACCAUGCCUACAGAGGCGAGCGAGAAGCGCGGGAUGGCCAUGAUGGUCGCGACGGCCGCGACAGGCGGGAUGGCCGCGAUGGCCGCGAUGGCCGCGAUGGGCGAGAUGGGCGAGAUGGCCGAGAUGGGUGGCGAGAAAUGCGGCCGCGAGAGCGCCGGAGAUGA